AUCACGCACUUCCGUGAUCGGUAGAAUCGCCUGAUCGCACGAGCGUGGCGGGUAUCGGGGUGUCGCGCGGCCCCGGGAGGAGACACGUCAGCGCGUGCGGGUCCGGCUGGGAGCGUCGCGCGCCGUGGCAGGAGGAGCCCUCGACCCCUCGACCCCUCGACCCCCCACACUGCCCAAAUGAUCAGAAGAUGGAGCAGCAACUAGAUAUGGAGCUGAUGACGCCGCUGAUGCAGGACGCGGGAGGAGAGGAGAACUGGGAUGAGGACGGUAAUGGAGAUGAGGAGCAGAAACACGGCAUCACCUUCACUCAGACGUUACUGCACCUCCUGAAGGGGAACAUCGGCACCGGGCUGCUCGGGCUGCCGCUGGCACUGAAGAACGCUGGCAUACUGGUGGGGCCGGUGUGCUUGGUGCUGAUGGGCGUGGUCUGUGUUCACUGCAUGCACAUCCUGGUGAACUGCAGCCAUCAUCUCAGUGAGAGGACGAAGAGGUCGGCGCUCGGGUACAGCGAGACGGUGGCCGUCGCCAUGGAGACAAGCUCCUCCCACUUCCUGCGAAAGGGGGCCCAUUUCGGCAGGUUCCUGGUGAAUUUUUUCCUGGUGUUGACUCAGUUGGGUUUCUGUAGUGUUUACUUCGUCUUUCUGGCUGAGAACAUCAAACAGAUGGUUGAAGGUCACUCAGUGAACUCCUCCUCAUCCUCCUCAUCCUCACCAGCAGGAGCAGCGUUAGUGUUUAACCCCAACAGCUCAGAGGGGGGCGCCGUUCCUGCCGUCUCCAUGGUGCCGGUGCUGGACCAGCGCGUGUACGUGCUGCUGCUGCUGCCCUUCCUCAUCCUCCUCACCUUCAUCAGAGAGCUCAGCAACAUGGCGCCCAUGAGCGCCGCCGCCAACCUCGCCAUGGCCGUCAGCCUCGCCCUCAUCUACGCCUACAUACUGCCUGGUGUAGGAGAACCUCAGCACCUCCUGUACGUCGCAUCGUGGAGGAAGUUCCCCUUCUUUUUCGGGACGGCCAUCUUUGCCUUUGAAGGGAUUGGAGUGGUUCUUCCUGUGGAGAAUCAGAUGCGAGAGCCGAAGCGUUUCUCCUGCGCUCUCGACGUGGCCAUGGGCGUGGUCACCGUCCUGUACGUUUCCUUGGCGACGCUUGGCUACCUCCGCUUCGGUGAUGAGAUCAAAGGGAGCAUCACACUCAACCUGCCACAUGACUCUUGGUCGAAUCUCCUGGUGAAGGUUCUUUACUCCUUCGGCGUGUUUAUAACCUUCGCCGUUCAGUUCUUCGUCGCCGCGGAGAUCGUGGUUCCGGCGGUGUGCGAGCGGGUUUCGGAGAGGCGGAGACGCCACGCUGACCUUUGCACCCGAGCGCUGCUCACCUGCGUCACCUGCGCGGUCGCCGUCCUGGUCCCUCGUUUAGAUCUGGUGAUCUCAUUGGUGGGUGCAGUGAGCAGCUCCGCCCUGGCGCUGGUGUUCCCGCCCCUGGUGGAGCUGAUGGCUCGGCCCACGCGCCCGUCUGCGCUGCUCCUCCUGAAGGACCUGAGCAUCGCCCUGAUCGGGGUCCUGGGCUUCCUUACCGGGACCUACGCCACCGUGGGGGAGAUCCUGUACUCGUCUCCGUGACGACAGGAGCGGACCACGCCUACUUUCCAAUAAUGACUCUAUACACACACACACACACACUGCUGUACUUGAAUAACCAGCACUACACACUCCUAAUGUCCACACACACACACACACACACACACACACACACACACACGUAAACACGGGUCAAUACGUACAUUCCAGCUGCACACACUGCCACACCCUUAAUGUAUAUGUGUGUGUGUGUGUGUGUGUGUGUGUGAUACUAUACAUGGACUGAAAGAACACACACUUUGUACUUAUAUAAAUAUAUUCUUGUUAAUCAGUGUUAUUAAUAAAUAAAUGUAAACUUUGUUCA